AUGGGCGACAAUGUAGCCAACAGCCAGAGGGAGGAAGCGUCGUUUCCUCUCACAGACGUUGACAAGUGGGUGCUUUCGCAGACGGAUGACGAGUUUCAAAAGCACGACUGGGAAGACUUGAAGCAAGUGAUCGAGACCAACAAUCUCUCCGUGCUUAAACGCGUCCCCUCAGAUCUGAAGCGCUACAUAAAAUGGACAACUGAGACCAAGGCCCAGUACGGCAGCAUGACGCAGUACCUCCUCGCCAACCGACUACCCAAGUCGUGGGGGCAGCCUCCCUUCUCGCCAGAGUCUGAUGUCCCGUUCGACAAGGAGUCGGACUACAAGGUCCUCUUGAAUGACUGGCCAUAUGGGCUGGAGUCCAACAUUACACACAUAGUGGUGUGGACGCGUACGUUUAUUGCGACGGAUGACGAUAAGGGGGAUAUGACGCCCGAGAGUAGAGCUUUGGUGAAGGCGUUUGUGAAGAGAUAUUUUAUUGACUCGUUGGGUGAGGGGGGCGAGGACAAGGUUCUUUGGUUUAAAAAUUGGGUUGCCUUGCAGAGUGUAAGGGCGCUAGAGCACAUUCACGUCUUGGUGAGGGAUGUGGACGAUGAUAUGUUGGAGCGGUGGUCGGGGGAGAGACCGAGGCGAAAUUUCUGA